AUGAAUUCAGGGUUGAUACUUGAUACUGUGACAAAAUCCCAAAGUAACGCCUCCCCCAUCAGUAAUCGGCCCGUCUCUUCCCCUCCGAUCCUUCCGUUCUCUGCAAAUCCGAUCACUCUCCGUUUCCGCACUCCGAAAACUAUGGAUACUACUGAUCGUAGAUACUUGGAGGAAGAAGAUUCUUCAAUGACAAAGAUGAUGAAGGGUACUGCUACUGGUUUGGCAGCUGGAACAAUUUGGGGCACCAUUGUUGCUACAUGGUUGGAUGUUCCUCGUGUUGAGAGAAAUGUUGCUUUACCUGGUUUGAUUAGGACAUUAAGGAUGAUGGGUACCCAUGGGUUGACUUUUGCUGCCAUUGGUGGAGUCUACAUUGGUGUUGAGCAAUUGACACAGAAUUACAGAAUGAAGAGAGACUUUGUUAAUGGAGCAGUUGGAGGGUUUGUUGCUGGUGCUGCCAUUAUUGGUUUUAAAGGUAAGAGCAUUUCGACGGCACUAUCCGCCGGAGCUGCACUUGCCGCCACUUCUGCCGCCAUUGAUGUUGGUGGUCAGACAACCAGAAUGGAUACGGGAAAGGAGUAUUACCCUUAUACUACCAAGAAAAGGGUUGAUGCCAAUUGA